UUAAGGUCCCAUGCCCCCAUUAAGGCCUUCUUCUUCCAACCUUCACUCUCCAUCUUGUGCCCCCACUGAAUAUGCAUAGUCAGCUCUCUUCUAUCUCUCUUUCACACACAAGAAGCCCAUCUUUUUUCUGUUUCUCUUUGCUACCAUAGCUGUUAAUUCGUGCUUUAUUUUCAAGAUAUAGAGAAUUUACAUAGACCAAGAAACUGAAAGGUGGGUUCUUUUUAACUAUGGGGAUUUGUUUGAGUUCUAGAAUCAAAGCAGAAAGCAGCCCAGGUCAUACAGGGGAAAAUUCAAAAUACGAGAGAACAAAUGGGAGUGAUUUCAGCAAAUCGAGUAGCAAGGUCUUGUCAGUAUCGGUGCCACCUACUCCUCGGAGUGAGGGUGAGAUCUUGCAGGCUUCAAACUUGAAGAGCUUUAGUUUUGCUGAUCUCAAGAUGGCCACUCGGAACUUUCGUCCUGACAGUGUACUCGGAGAAGGUGGAUUUGGCUCAGUUUUUAAGGGUUGGAUUGAUGAGAACUCGUUUGCUGCCGCAAAGGCUGGGACCGGCAUGGUUAUUGCUGCAAAAAAGCUUCACCAGGAAAGUUUUCAGGGCCACAGGGAGUGGUUGGCGGAAGUGAACUAUUUGGGGCAGUUUUCUCAUCCUCAUCUUGUGAAACUGAUUGGCUAUUGCUUGGAGGAUGAGCAUCGACUUUUGGUGUAUGAAUUCAUGCCUCGAGGCAGCUUAGAGAACCAUCUAUUUAGGAGAGGUUCUUAUUUCCAGCCUCUUUCUUGGAGUCUUCGCCUUAAGGUCGCUCUUGGAGCCGCAAAGGGACUUGCUUUUCUUCAUAAUGCUGAAACGAAAGUUAUUUACAGAGACUUAAAAACUUCCAAUAUAUUGCUUGAUUCGGACUACAAUGCAAAACUCUCCGACUUUGGAUUAGCCAAGGAUGGGCCGACAGGUGAUAAAAGCCACGUAUCCACAAGGGUCUUGGGAACUUAUGGAUAUGCAGCUCCAGAAUAUCUAGCGACUGGUCAUUUAACUGCCAGAAGUGACGUGUACAGUUUUGGAGUUGUUCUCCUAGAAAUGGUAUCUGGCAGGAGAGCAAUUGACAAAAAUAAACCAUCUGGAGAACACAAGCUGGUGGAAUGGGCGAAACCCUACUUAGCCAACAAGCGUAAACUCUUUCGGGUUUUAGACAACCGCAUUGAAGGCCAGUACUCGAUGGAUGAGGCACAUGGGGUGGCUACCCUUGCAUUGCGUUGCAUAUCUGUCGAACCUAAGUUGAGGCCAACCAUGGAAGAAAUUGUCAAAGAACUGGAGCAACUUCAGGAUUCGAAAAAUGUAGAGAACACUCGCAAUAAAAUGAGCGACAGAAAGAGGCAGCGUAGACGAAGUGCUGGCGAUGCCAUCAAUAAAAACACUAUUCAUGCUUAUCCGAAACCUUCUGCUUCUCCACUGAAAUAAAUUGCUGAUCCCACGCUAAACGGGUAAUGAUCUCAAGAACUCGGACAGUGACUGUACAGUUGUUUCGGAAUAUACAUGCGUGGACAAACUUUCCAGUGACACAUUAACACGAGCAAGAAGAUAAUGAGCAAAGAUUACUAGUUACAAUAUUUUGAGAAGUGUUUAUUAAGUACUAUUGUAUAAAUGAUGUUAGCUUUUGUUCAUGUUGGAGAUUUCCAUCUGCCCUGGGAGUGUAAAAUUUCGUAUAAUUAUAAAUGAUAUAUAAGAUUGGAUUGCCGUUCACUGUUCAUUUC